CUCCUCAUUUAAGCUUGAAACUAGAAUACUGGAGCCAAGAAAUAGUUAAUCUCUCCGGCUGCUGCUAUGAUUGGCCGCUGUAUGCAGCGCUUCAGCCUCCUUGAAUGAGAAAUAGGGGUAACCAAGCAACUUCAGUGCUGGAGAGAAGAAGAUAAAAAAAGCAAAAAGAUGAUAGGGCUUUACGGGAUUUUCACAAUGAUGGAAGAAUUUUGAAGCUGUUAACAGAAGAAAGAAAAAAAGAGGCAGAGGCAAUGUGAUUUCACCUUGAGUGUCCGGCAAAUGGAAUUAACAAAUGGAUUUUCUUAAACGCGCUUCCUCCCUCUCUCUCCCUCUCUCGCUCAUUGAGGGGGGGAAAUAGAGCGCUCAAAUGAAGGAGACACAGAUGUGGAUUAAAACGCACAAAUGGGACACUUCAGAAAAGCAUCCACUGAGAAAAGCGCUCAGUGCAAGUGACUGUGAUGGGCUGUCAAACCACAUCUAAAGUACUCUACCAAAGAAUAAUAUCCACUCCUGACCUACUCUGAAGAAAAAUAUUUCAUUCGAUCAAUGUCGCAGUCUCCCCCGCAGGGGAAUUACUCUUGAACAAUAGGUGAACCCUAAGAAAAGAGCAACACUGGACCAUGUGAUACUUGACCUUCAAAGAAAGAACUCAGGUGCACUCCAGAAGAUGUCAAAUCGGAUCUGAAGCAGCUCUCGGGAGGAUCGCCCAGCUCAUAAUUCAAGCACUUUUUCAUGUUUUGUUUUAUCAUUACUCAAACACCAUGGGCCAAAAGUGACAGAACGUAGUUAUUUUUGCUGGAUCUUCAUCUAAUGAGGAGUACCAGACAUCUCACCAUGGAUUUGAAGGAGAUUUUCUUCACCAAAGAGCAACAGUGAGAAACAUCAGAGUGGGGGGGGGGGGAUUGGACACUGGAGGCUUGGAGGAUUAGCUAGAGUGCUGCUAACCCAUGGUGGAUCUGCUGUGAGUGGGGAAAGGGACUCAGCGGUGGAGGAUGUCAGCAGAGGCCGAACUCCAGCCGGGUGUCAAAACCAGCCAGCGAAAGGAGUCCAGGAGGAUCAAAGGUCAGGACCGCAGUGAGGCGGGGCUUAUUAAGCGUUUCCGCGGAGAUGGCGUGCGCUACAAGGCCAAGCUGAUUGGGAUUGAUGAGGUGACAGCCGCACGCGGGGACAAGCUGUGCCAGGACUCCAUGAUGAAGCUGAAGGGAAUGGCUUCCUCGGCACGUUCCAAAGGGGAGCACAAGCAGAGAGUCUUCUUGACGGUCUCUUUCGGCGGGAUCAAGAUUUACUGUGAAAGAUCAGGGGUGCUCCUUCAUCACCACUCGGUCCAUGAGAUCAGCUACAUUGCCAAGGAUACCCGGGAUCAUCGCGCCUUUGGCUAUGUCUGUGGGAAGGAGGGCCACCACAGGUUUGUGGCCAUCAAGACCGCGCAGUCUGCGGAGCCUCUCAUCAUUGACCUGCGUGACCUCUUCACACUCAUCUACGAUAUAAAACAGCGGGAGGAGAUGGAGAAGAAGGCCCAGAAGGACAAACAGUGUGAGCAGGCAGUGUACCAGACUAUCCUGGAAGAUGAAGUGGAUGAUCCAGUUUACCAGUACAUAGUGUUUGAGGCUGGACACGAACCCCUCCGUGGCCCCCAGUCAGAGGAGAGCGUUUAUCAGGUCCCAACCAGUCAGCAGAAGGAAGGGAUCUAUGAUGUCCCAAAACGCCAUUUCAUGACUAAUAUCAACCACUUUGAUCUUUUCGGCGACAUGUCAACUCCUCCUUCGAUGCCCCCAUCACCUGCCAACACACUGGACCCUAGCAGGAGCAGCCGCCAGCAACAACACACUCCUGCUGAGCUGUACGCCCCCUUCAGCCCCACCUCUGUGCCAUCAGGUUAUAUGACCAUGGGCCCUGUGCAGGCAGCACAGUGGGCUCAGCAGCCAUUUCCCGCCCAGGCUCAGACUCUGGCCUUCCCUGUGCAGGCACCUCUGCAGGUGGCUCAGGUCCUCCCCAGUGGUCAGCCGGUCAUCUGGAGCCAGGCCAACAUUUUCCCUGCUACACAGCAGCAGUGGGCAGCUAUGGCAGCCUACAUGCCGGCCCAGACAGUGGGCGUGGGGGGCCACGCCAUCCCGGCCGCCAUGCUCCAGGGCUUAGUACCCAUAACCACAAUGUGCCCCCAGGCCUGCGACCUAUCAGCCCCGUCCUCAGCCAUCACCAGCCCCCAGCAUACGGCCGACCCCACCCUGCUCCAGAAGCAACUCAGCCUGGGUAAAGAAGGCUUCGACUCAGAUGCAGGUGAGGGUCCUUCCACAUCAGGAGCAGCUGUAUCAGUAGAACCUGGUGCUGUAUCAGCAGGGGUGAGCAGGUGCGGCACCCCAGGCCUCAUGAGUGUACCGGACACACUGGCCUGCAGUCAGCUCCUGCCACCUCCAGCUGCUGCGACCCAGGAAGAAGAAGGGAGCUGUAGCGACCUUGAUCUCUCUAGGAUGACUCUGAGCCCAGGUACAUCGACUUCACCGUCUACUGAGUCUCCAUCCACUCCAGCCCCACAGCAGAACUCAUCUUCAGACUGCCCCCCUUCCCAAGGCAGUGACCCACCCACAGAUCACUCCCCUGUUGACCCUGAGGGCAACUCCAGCAACGCUAAGGAGGAACAAUCGGGCUCUGCCGUUGUGCCCAGUGAAGCUGCUGAUCCUCCACAGGAUCAGACAUGUCCACAGGAAGACAGCUAGAGAACAUCAGACAGGUGAUGGAAGCUCUAAAGGCCGAAACAUGAGCUCACGAGAAAAAGAAGAAAAGAGAGAUGAGCGACUGUGAGCAGCAGCAUCUCACAGCCUGAAACACAGACUGCUGGGUUUUUUUUUCAACCUUUAAAGGAUAUUUUGGCAGUUAUGUAAUAGCUGGCUAUCCUAGGAUCUGCUUUCCUCCAGAGGCCACUAACUGUACUGUACUGUACUCCAGACUUUGGCUUCAUCGUCCAAUCAAUUGACCUUUCAACCAGGAAGUGACCUUUUAUCUUUGACCGAAACUGACAACAGGAGGUGAUUGCGUCCUCCUGUUCUGGAUUAAUGACUUUAUAUCUGCAAUGAUGUAAAAGACAAAAGAAAAAAACAACAUGGUUACACUGAUGAUGCAAAUUAUUUUUUGGAAAAGAGAGAGGAGCAGCGUCCUACUGGAUGUGGUUGACCUUCAAGUUCGUCAGCUGCCACCAGCAAACACUGUGCACAGCAGGAAGAUUUGCCAAAUGUUCUCAUAGCGUCGCUCCACCGACUCAGCCAUUUGCAUGAACAGACCUAACGUGGGUUCAGCGGACUCGGCUGUGAGCAGAGCUGAUCUCCGCAGCUUCCUUCUAGGCCUGCAACAAAUUUUAAAAAAAAGAAAGGUUAUUUCAUUUUUGUUUUUAUUUUAUAAGCUGUGAAUUCUCGGUUGAUGACGCUGAGUCACUGCAGAUAUCCACAUGACUCUGAGGCAUCAGCAUGGAAAUCAAGAUUUGCCAAACAUCUAUUUUGUAAAUAAGAAUCUUCCCACUCCCCCACACCCGAGCCUCUGUGCCAUAAGAUAGCUCUCUGCCUCUUGGAUGCCAACUACCUGUGUUUCUCUCAAACAAUGCCCUACCAGCACCUCCUUCUUCUUUUUUUUUCUUUUUUUUUUGACAUCUGGACAUUUGUUUCGCCUUUUUCUUUUCUUUUUUUAAAUUUCAAAAACUGUCUUCUGUUCAGUUAGUGAGAAAUGAACUGUGAAUCUGUGUUACAUUGUCAUUAAAAAUAAAAUUAAAAAAACCUACUAGACCCAGUUUUUGCUCAUUUUGAACUUGAAAAAUGACACAAGCGACGGGGCCGAAACAACAACUGCUUUUUCUUUUUUGUUGUAGUGAUAGGACGCUUUGCUUUUUAGAUAUUUGACAUUUCCAACUGAGGUCACGUUGUUUACACUUUGCCUGUCAUCUAACCGUAUCUCUGGUUUAAUAGGCGAGCAGAAUCAACUCAUCCUGCACUGACGUGGCUCGAUCACGCCAAGCUCGGAGACGGUCGAUAGCGUUCCGAUGCCUUAUCAGGUUUCUUUUUAUCAUCUUUUAUUGUUUUCUCUUUCAUUUGUCGGUGUAUACAGUAAGCAGGUCAUUGUUGUGACAAAGCACUUAGGCAUACUGUAGGUCUGCUCCACUGAAGUAAGAUGGUUGAAAAGACAGGCAACUUUAUAUAAUAUGAACAAUAGAGAUAUCACUAUUAACUGCUAGACUUACAAAAACAAAUGGUAACUGUACCCCUGCUUGUGUAAGAAAAAUGAGAAAUAGUCCCAAAAUAUUUUGUAAAUUUUAUUUAUGGAAUUAAGAAUUGUCAUGAAAAAGGAAAAAAAAAAGGACUUUUGUACGUCUAUGACUUCCCCCAUACACUGUACCCAUGCCACUGUUCAGUCACAAAUAAAAUACCAUGUGAUUCCCA